AUGUCGUGGUCCCAGGUUAAACAUAUCAAUGUUCCGUUCUUCACUCCACUUUCCUAUAGCAACAGAACCCAUAAACUGUGUCAAUUGCCCAAUGGUAUACUAUUAUUGCUUAUAUCUGACCCAACAGAAAGCGUUAGUGCCUGUUCACUGACUGUGGCAGCAGGGUCGUACAACGACUCCGAUGAUGUUCCUGGAGUAGCGCACCUAUGCGAGCAUAUGCUUCUAGCUGGCGGUUCAAAGAAAUACCCUAGUCCUGGCUGCUACCAUGAUAUGAUUACAAAAAAUAAUGGCUCUUAUAAUGCUUUCACUACUGGUGAACAGACAACAUUUUACUUCGAACUGCCUGAUUUCAACCAGGCUCCAGAGGCUGGCUUUGAGAAAGCUAUCGAUAUUUUUGCAUCCUUCUUCUCCGAGCCACUGUUCGACCAUACGUUGAUAAAUAAGGAGAUUUACGCCAUACAGAAUGAGCAUGACAGUAAUGUCUCCAAUGUUACCAAAAUACUGUACCAUGCAACAAGAUUACUGGGUGAUAAAAGUCAUCCAUUCAGUCGGUUUGCAACAGGGAAUAUGUCCAGUUUGAAAAAUACAUUGCGUUUGAAAGGACCAACUUUGAGAAAUCUGCUAUCGAAUCACUUUAGAGAAAAUUAUGCCCCCUCUAGGAUGACUAUAUGCCUGCGAGGGCCUUCAUCGGUGAAUGGCCUAGCGAAAUUAGCGAUUAGCAAGUUCGGAGAGUUACGGCCACACAAGGCAAAUGAAAAGGUACAGGCAGCUUUGACUCCAAACGACGGUUUUAAUAUUCUCCAAACUAGGUGGGGACAUACGAAAGCGGCGAAUAACUGCUUCCCCAGUUGUUUGGAGCGGAACACAAUAUGCGUAGAUUCGGGAAAGCUUCCUAUUAUGAGGUUUCUGUUCCCAGUUUGGCAGAAAUUUACAAGAUUUACCAAGAAAGAUUUCUUAAUCUUUGAACGAUUUUGGUUUGAGCUUUUUGGAGACGAAUCUGCAGGAUCAUUCUGUCAUUUCUUGGUGGAGAAAGGCUGGAUAACAAAUUGUUAUGCUUACAUCUCCAGAUUCUCGACAGACAAUACAGGACUAAUUUUAGAGCUGUCAUUGACAAAUUCUGGAUGGCAUAAUAUAGAGCUGAUUGCCCAGACACUAAUAUUCUAUUUGGUCCCCAAAUUUAGCCGAGAACAUACGGUGCAGUUGGCUCGUUUCCUCAGCGAGCAGUUUAGUAUUGACUUGAUACGGUUCCUUUAUUCAAACGCCGAGAACUCCCCAAUGACUGAGUGUUCUAAUUUGUGUGAAGUGCUGCAGGAGGACAUCAAUGGAUUAGAUAAUUCCUGCAUUUUUAUGGGUUCACCUAUGGUUUUGAAUGAGCAAUCCACUCAGGGCCUCUUUAGUGAAAAUGAAGAAAGUCAAAAGUGGUGGAUUGGUCAGGCAAUUAAGUUCCAGAGCUUUCUCAAGGAAUUCAUGAAUCAUUCCAACAUGCGGCUGAUACUGCUUGGCUGUCUUGAGGAUUGUUCUCUCUCAACUACCGCUACGCAGGGAAAGAUAGCAGGGACAGACCCGUUUUAUGACUUUGCAUACUUCACUUGUAAGUUGAGCCUGAGAAAGCCUCACGCAAACAUCUUAAAUGACUACAAAUUUUCAAUUCCGCCUAAAAAUGAGUUCAAACCAAGCUGGGCAGAGAAUUUUCCUAGCCUGAUGAGAAAACUGUAUUAUUCUUCGACCAAAUCUCAGCAAGCCUCUCUUGGGUUUGCUAUUAAAAGUGAUGAAGGAACUAGGACACCGCAGCUCGUUAGCCAAAAUGAAAAUUACGAUAUGUGGGUUCUCUCCGACUGUCCAGCUUCGUCCCAUCAGUCCAAAGCAAUCGUAUCCUUUGAAAUCUCAUGUUGGGAGAUUCAACCAAGUCCUGAAAACACAAUGAAUCUGGAAAUAUUAGCACAAGUUAUUAAUUUAACACUUGCCUCCGAUUUGUAUCCAUCUCUCAAACUAGGGUUUACCUUUGAGAUAUACCCAUCGAGUCGAGGUGACGUACGUUUGGGGCUCGUCAUUUCAGGGUACUCGAAGAGGCUUGGUAAAGUGAUUGAGUCUCUCAGUAGCAUUAUCAGAAGACUCAAAAGUGAAAAAUCAUUCCCCUCCAGAGAACUGUUUAGAAAAGCUAGAAUUUCGGUACGGAGUAACUAUGAUAAAGCUGAAGACAAUAGUAGCAUUAAUGUUGCCAGUAUUGGCCUAUUGGUUGUCAUGGAGAAGUAUAUGUGGAGUUUGCAAGACAGAAUUGACGCUAUCGAAUGCAUAGAUCUACAGACUUUCAAAGCAUUUGCUGCAUCAUUUGCAGAUUAUCGCAAAUUUUUGAGACUAUUCAUUCAAGGCGAUUUAUCGCACGCAGACGAUAUUAAUGCUUGCCUAGAUCGAAAUCUCACAAACCAUCUCCAUGGAACUCAAACUGAUUUCCAACGAGAGCCUGAAUAUUGUUCAACCAAAUUACUUGAUCCCGCAACCAAUUUUUACGUUGAGUAUCCUGGUCGGAAGGACGAUCCGACCAACAGUACCGUAUAUUAUAUCCAAACUGGACCCCGUGACGACUGCACGGCAUAUACUCUGACAGCUUUGAGCGCAUACAUGAUGUCUUUCACACUUAAACCAGAGUUACGGAAUAAAAGGCAGAUUGGAUAUGUAGUCAUGGGAGGACUUCGACUUUUGCGCAAUGCUGUCGGACUCCAUAUCAGCAUAAUGUCAACCUUAGAGCCGCUAGCACUAGAAGAAAAAAUCAAUGAGUAUUUGCUCUACCUAGAAAGAGAGGUUCUAACCCCAAUGACCGAGGAUACAUUUCGAAACAAGUACCUGAAGGACUUUUUGAACUUACAGUCCAAAGGUAAUUUGGACAAGCUGCGAAAAGAUUCAGGCCCUGCCGAUCUUAUGGAUCAAAUAGUCGCUAAUGUUCAGAGUGGUGACUCCGACAUCCUAAACAGCUCCUUUAUGAAGAAGCACAAGAGACUAAGAAAUCAAAUCGCAGAUGGACGAUAUACUUUUGCUGACAGAGACAGUGCCAUCAAUACUACGCUUCUACAAGAACUGACAAUUGACCACUAUUUAUGCUUUUUCCGCGAAAGAAUAUCAAUACAUUCCAAGACAAGAGCCAAGCUCUCAGUUAUGGUCAAAAGUCCUAUGACCGAUGAAGAGAUUGUCAAUCGCCAAAUUUAUUCACAAGUGGAUGCAUUUCUCAAACUUCACGGUCUUACGAUUGAAACCGCUAAACUUCGUGAGCUAGUACAGCGUUCUAAGGGAAAACCGAUGUUGCUGGCCAAAGAACUCUAUCAGUCUUUCCAUUCGCGCCACGAAACCUGGAAAUUGUGCACAGUGAUGCUUCGAGAAUUGCUCAAAAUGUUGACCGUCAAUCUGAAGUUUCGACAUCAACGACAGACGAACAUGGCAGCAUCGGAAUGGGGUUCGACUCCCGCAACUGGACUGACGCUUAUCAAAGACAUCAACAUAUAUAGGAAAGAAGUUUUGUAA